UUAUGCAAAUGCGUGGAGCAGUUCAUUUGUUUUGGCUAAUUUGCUUGGCUCUUGGCGUUUGUGGCAACAACGAGCAGCAGCAGCUACGUGAGCUGCUGGAGACAGAAGCAACACUCAUUGGCACUUUGAGGGAUUAUACAAAUGCCUUGAACAAGCAGCUGCUGCAGAUCAGAGCUGAGCUGAGGCAGCUGGAGCAGUUGCAUGAGCAGGUGGGUGAACAGGUGGCUGAGCAUAUGGGCAAUCCGCUUAAUGUGCUGCGCAUAUUGAAGCGCUUCAGCAGCCUUUGGCCACAGCUGCAAGCGCAGGCGAAUGCAACUUAUCAGCUGAACAAGCAGCAGCUGAAGCCAAAGCUCAAGCUGCCCAGUGAGGCGGACUAUGAGGCAGCGCUGCUCAAUCUGCUGCGGCUGCAAACUGUCUAUGAACUGAAGCCUGACAGUUUGGCGCUGGGCGUGGCGCAUGGCGAGAAGCUGGGCUCGGCAAUGUCGUGGAGCGAUUGUCUUGAAGUGGCGCGCAAGUCAGACUACGCCAUAGCCAAAUACUGGCUGGACAUAGCGCUGGCCAAGCUGCAAGCCAAUGGCACAGCUGAGAGUGAGCAGCAGCGUGGCAAGCUGCAUAUACUGGAGGCUGCAUUGAAGUUGCAAUAUGGAGAUGGCGAAUUUGCAAGUGCUUUGCAUACGGCGGAGCAGCUGCUGCUGCUGCGGCCGAACAAUCAGCAAGUGCUGCAGCUCAAGCAGCGACUGGAGGCAACUAAAGCAACACUGCCAAUGCAUAAGCCGCACGCCAAGCCAACAGCGGAGCAGCAGCUGACUGCGGAGCUUUGUCGCGCGGUUGGCAAGCAACGGACAACUGGCAGUCGCUAUCAGAUUUGCCAGCAGUCUAACGAGCAUUUGCACAUGCUGCGCUUGGAGCAACUGAGUGCAGAUCCCUAUAUUAUGCUCUAUCAUAAUAUGCUUAGCCCAAAGCAAACUGCAGAGCUCGUCAGCUGGCUGGAUCCGCAAAUGAAAUUCAACACUUUGGCGCAGCAGCAACUGUUGGCCAUUAGCAGGCAGUUGGAUCUGGUUGCUAACAAGCAGCUGCCGCCGUUGUGGCAGGCACGUCGUCAUAGUCACGAGCACGUGUCAACGACGCUGGCAAGCGAGCAGCAGCAGCAGCAGCAAGGACACUCGCUGGGAAUGCUCAAUUUACGCGCUGCCAAACUGGGUGGUGCCAUUGUCUUUCCCCAACUGGAGCUGGCCGUGCUGGUGCCAACAGGCGCGUUGCUCUAUUUUCAAGCGGAGGACUACCGCAGUCGCCAGCUUGUCUGCCCAGUGCUGCUGGGCGCCCAACUCUCUGCCUGGGCGCAAUUUGAAGUCAACUUUAAUUUAAGCUUUUAGCUCUCAUUUGCACUUUCAACUCGGUCGUUGAGGCGUGGCAAAGUUAAAUUUAAAUAUUUCUGCUUCACUGCUUGUCAUAAUUAGCGACAUUUAGACAAAAGCAACAGGAAAUGCUAACAAACAAUGCGCAGCUCGUAAAACAUCUAUAAAUAUGUAUGUGUGUGUGCUUGUGUGUGUGUGUGUAGCAAGUUAAGUGUGCAAACAUUUUAUGACGCCGUCGGUAUCAAACGUGCAUCAAAACAAACAAUAUGUGUUAUAAUGAACUUUUUCUUGCCCACUAAUUAACGCCAUAAAUUGUUCAACUUAGCCGAAAAAACACGCUCUGGA